AUGGUGGGCACUGGUGCUUUGGCUUAUACUCUAGGUCUUCGUCAUGCUGUUGAUGCAGAUCAUAUUUCGGCUAUUGAUAAUGUUACUCGGAAACUGUUGAAUGAUAACCAAUAUCCGGUCAGUGUUGGUUUAUUUUUCUCACUAGGACAUUCUACCAUUGUAUUUAUUGUCUCCGUGAUUGUAGCAGCAACAGCCAACGCAGUGGCCAAUGGCAUCGAUGAUUUUUCAAAUAUUGGAGGUAUUAUUGGUACAUCAGUCUCUAUUGCUUUUUUGGUUCUGAUUGCCACUUUGAACAUUAUCGUACUGGUCGGUGUACUUCGGACUCUUCGUCGUGUUAAGAAAGAAGGUGUAUACACAGAAUUGGACAUAGAGGAUUAUUUGAACAAGAGUGGGAUCAUGGGUCGUUUUUUCCGUCCUGUCUUUCGUUUUGUCAAUGCCUCUUGGAAGAUGUAUCCUCUUGGACUCUUGUUUGGAUUGGGUUUUGAUACUUCGACUGAAAUCAUCUUGUUGGGCAUCACAGCUGUACAAGGUGCUAGGGGUAUGAAUAUGUGGUUGAUCAUCUUGUUACCUCUCUUAUUUGCUUCAGGGAUGUCAUUGAUUGACUCUUUAGAUGGUAUGCUUAUGUUAUUCACUUAUACAUGGGCUUACAUCAAUCCUGUACGAAAACUAUAUUACAACUUGACCAUCACAUCCAUUAGUGUCGUGGUAGCAUGUUUAGUAGCAUUGAUUGAAUUUUUUUCAUUGAUUGGGGAACAAUUGAAUUUGGAAAAUGGAUGGUGGAGCUUUUGGUACACUCUCAGUGACAGUUUUGAAUGGAUUGGUAUCGUUAUUGUAGGAGCCUUUAUUGUUACUUGGGUGGUGAGUGCCAUAGUAUAUCGUUGGCUUGGAUACAAAGCACUGGAAAAGGAAUUCGACUUGAAGAAACCCAACACUGUCAAGGAUGGCAAGAAUGAAAGCAAGGUAUUGGAUGCUAUGGAAGAAGGAAAUUAUGAUGACACCACCAUGACUGCCAAGGAUACCGAAAUUAUCAAUGAACAAGUAACACAUGAUAUUACUGAUACCACUUUGAAUGAAAAAUAUCAGCAGCAAUAG